GGCGAGAUCACGAUCCACGCGGCGCGUCCCGUCAAGGUGGCCGGGCUGCACGUACGGCUGUUCGGGUUGGCCGAGACGGGUUGGUACAACAAGAACAGCGAGCUCUCGUUCGAGAGCCGCGAGACGGUGCUCGAUGAGCCGAUCGACCUCACCGUCGAGAUUUUCGAGCACUGCAACCCCGAGUACGAGCUGCACGACGGGUUGCACAAGAUUGACUUUGAGGCGCAGCUUCCCCUCGACGUCGUCUCAUCCGUGGAGCGCGAGGGGUACGGCAGCGUGCGGUACACGUGCUCGGCCGUGCUCCAUCUCCCCGAGGACGGCGGCAGUGAAUUCAUAUCAGAAAAGACAUUCAAAGUGUGGUCGUUGCUCAACCUGGACGCGCCGUAUCUGCGCGAGUCGACGUCGGUCACCGAGGAGGAGGAGGCGAACGGCCUGGUGACGUGCAGCUACUUCUUCAAGCUCGACCUCGACUAUUUCGACGUCGUCGUGCCGGUGAUUCUGGGCAGCCGGAAGACGCCCGGGCCCUUGGAU